AUGGCGGUCCACCUGCCGCUGUCGAUCGAGGCGCAGGUCGAAGCGCACACGCUGAUGAUGUCGACGCACAACAUCUUCAGCCCCGCCAACGGCCAGCCGAUCAUUAGCCCGUCGCAGGACGUGGUGAUGGGUUGCUACUACGUCACAAUGGACGUGCCCGAGGCGCCCGGCGACGGGAUGGCGUUCGGUUCGUUCGCGGAGGUCGAGAUGGCGCACGCGGUGGGCAAGGUCCACACGCACGCCCGGAUUAAGGUUCGCCUGCCUAAGGGCCGCUGCCUCCGCGAGGAGAUGGACGACCCGAAGAAGCUCGGCCGCGUAAUCGACACGACCGUGGGACGCGUCUUCUUUAACGAGAUGCUCCCGCAGGGGAUGCCCUUCUACAACCACUCGAUGCGUUCGGGCGCGUUGUCGAAGGUGAUCAGCGACUGCUACGAGUUCCUCGGCCGCCGCCAGACGAUCACGCUGCUGGACGACAUGAACCAGCUCGGGUUCAAGCGCGCCACGGCGAGCGGGCUCUCGUUCGGCACCGACGACCUGGUGACGCCCGACACGAAGGGCAAGAUCCUCGCUAAGGCGGAGAAGGAAGUCCUCAAGCGGAACAAGCUCUACCAACGCGGCAUCAUCACCGAGGGCGAGCGUUACAACGGCGUCCUCGACGCCUGGACGCACGCCCGUGAAGAGAUCACGGCCGAGAUGAUGACGGCGUUGGAGAACGACUACCGCGGCAACCAGUACGUCAACCCGAUCUUCCUGAUGGCGCACUCCGGCGCCCGUGGUGGCGUCGAGCAGAUGCGUCAGCUCGGCGGCAUGCGUGGCCUGAUGGCGAAGCCGUCCGGCAAGAUCAUCGAGACGCCGAUCAAGGCGAACUUCCGGGAAGGCCUCACGGUGCUCGAGUACUUCAGCUCGACGCACGGCGCCCGCAAGGGUCUGGCCGAUACGGCGCUGAAGACGGCCGACUCGGGUUACCUGACGCGUAAACUGGCGGACGUCGCCCAGAACGUCGUUGUGACGACCGAUGACUGCGGCACCACGCAGGCGAUCACCAAGGGCGUUCUCUACCGCGGUGAGAAGGUCGAGGUCGGUCUGGCCGACAUCAUUAAGGGCCGUGUCAGCCGGCAGAACAUCGUCAACCCGAUCACGGACGAAGUGAUCAUCGCCGAGAACGGGAUGAUCACCGCCGACAUCGCCCGCAAGAUCGAGGCCCUGGGCUUGGAGAAGCUCCAGGUCCGCAGCCCGAUGACCUGUCGGGCGGCGCUGGGCGUCUGUCGCAAGUGCUACGGCAUGGACAUGUCGACCGGCUCGAUGGUCGAAGAGGGCAUGGCCGUUGGCAUCAUCGCCGCCCAGAGUAUCGGCGAGCCCGGCACGCAGCUGACGAUGCGGACGUUCCACAUCGGCGGCGUGGGUAACCGCGACGUCGAGCAGUCGGACAUCAAGGCCGCCAAGGGCGGCAUCGUCCGCUUCGCCAAGCUCAACGCGGUGAAGAACGAGGAGGUCCCGACCGGCGCCGUGAUCGCGUUGGAAGAGGGUCAGACGGUCAAGGCCGGCGACGUGCUUUGCGAGUGGGACCCGCACUCGAUCCCGAUUCUCGCCGAGGUCGGCGGCAAGCUCCGCUACGAGGACCUCGUCGAGGGUGAGACGAUCCGCGCCGAGAAGGACCCCUCGGGUCAGAUGCGGUACAUCGUCAUGGAGCACAAGGGCGACCUGCACCCGCAGUUGGUGAUCGAAGACCCGAAGGACGGCAAGGUCCUCGACUUCUAUUACAUGCCGGAGAAGGCGCACCUCGUGGCCCGCGAAGGAGACUUGAUCAAGGCGGGCGCCGUCAUCGCCAAGACGCCGCGUGAAGCGGGCGGCACCCAGGACAUCACCGGCGGUCUGCCCCGUGUGACGGAGAUCUUCGAAGCCCGCAAACCGAAGGACCCUGCCGUGAUCGCCGAGAUCGACGGCACGGUCGAGAUCCUCGCCGAGAAGAAACGCGGCAAGCGUUCGAUCAUCGUCCGCAACGAAGCCGGCAUCGAGCGCGAGCACCUGGUGUCGCACAACAAGCACCUCCGGGNNUCCGGGUGCACACCGGCGACAUCAUCAAAGCGGGCGGUGCAGCAGUACCUGUCGCGGGAGAUUCAGAACGUCUACCGCAGCCAGCGUGUCGAGAUCAACGACAAGCACAUCGAGAUCAUCGUUUCGCAGAUGCUGCGGAAGGUGAAGAUCGACUCGCCGGGCGACACGGACCUGCUGCCGGGUUCGGUGCUCGACAAGUACGACUUCCGCCGGGCGAACGAUCGCAUCAACGAGUGCCUGAAGAUCACCGACAAGGGCGACAGCGAGUUCGAGGUCGACGCGAUCGUGCCGAAGACCGUGCUCGAGCAGGCGAACGCCCAGAUCGAGGCCCUCGGCGGCGAGCUCGCCAAGGGCGCGAAGCCGAAGAAGGCGACCGCCUCGACCCAGCUCUUGGGCAUCACCAAGGCGUCGGUCCAAAGCUCGUCGUUCAUCUCGGCGGCGAGUUUCCAGGAGACGACGAAGGUGCUGACCGAGGCGGCGCUUGCCGGCCGGACCGACCACCUGGUUGGUCUCAAGGAGAAUGUGAUCCUCGGGCACUUGAUCCCAGCGGGAACGGGUUUCCGGGCCACGAACGAGUCGGAAGUCCGCAUCCGCCCCGAGGCCCUCGAGGCACUGUCGGUCGAGACGGCGGGCGUUAUGGACCGUUCGUUCCCGCUGCUGGAUGGCGGCUCGCAGCCACGCCCCGCUCAGGACCCGGCCGCCCCGUCGAGCCUCGACGCCCUGCUGGGCGGCAGCGGUUCGGACGAGUGA